AUGCCAGGUCCAGCGGGGCCUGACGGCGCGGCUGGCGAAGAAGGUUUACCGGGUCUUGAUGGAGUUGACGGAAUGGAUGUGUUCAAGAUUAGCGAAAAAAGCGGCUGUGUGAUUUGUCCUCCAGGGAACAUGGGGCCGAGAGGACCUCCUGGUCCUCCGGGCGAAGUUGGCCCAAAGGGUCGUCGUGGAAUGCCCGGCAGGACCGGGAGGAAAAGCCACACUCUUGGCCCUCCCGGUCCUCCAGGUCCAACUGGACCACCAGGGAAGGUAGGACCCAUUGGUCCUAAGGGUGUUAGCGGCAAACCUGCAGUUAUCAUACGAAACAGGCCAGGACCAAAGGGUCCACCCGGGAAGAAAGGAAAACGUGGUCCAAAAGGCCCUGUCGGUGCUGAUGGCGAUGCAGGAGAGCCGGGCGACCCAGGGCCUCAGGGUCCACAAGGCAUGCGAGGUCGAAAGGGUAGGAAAGGAGAGCGAGGAGAUUACGGCCCGAUUGGUCUUCCUGGCAAAGAUGGUCUUUACUGUUUGUGUCCGGCUAGGUCCAAGAAGAUGGCCAACCAUACGACGACGACCGUGAAGCAUCACUAG